AUGGCACUUAAUUUUUUGCCAGGACAGCCAAACUCUACACAGCAAACAGUAUGCCAGGGUUUGUGGCAGGAUCGCACCCUACUUGCUUACUGUUCGGGAAAUAACCUAAUAAUUGUAUCGAACGACUUCAGUCGACUGCAGACCAUAUGCUUCGACUUUGACUGCGUUGCAGUUGAUAUUAACUCCUACAAUGGCCAUAUCGCAGUGGCUUCAGGGUCUAAGGUUCAUGUUUUCAAGCCCUUGCACCAGGUAAUGAAAACUCCAAGGUGGGUUUCUUGCAUCGAUAUUUUUCACGACGAUUCGCCAGUGAACAGCAUCAGCUGGGGUCUCAACGGAGAAAUUGCUGUAGGAUCCGACUAUCUUUCGUUUUGGAGGGUUCAAGAUGAGUUCGGCGAGUUCAAGUCUUCUCUGCUGUGGACGAAAAAGCAGUUCCGACCUGUCUAUCGAUGCGCCAUCUCGGAGGACUCGCAGGUGAUUGCCAGCAUGUACAAAUACAGUCGAACGGUGAAGAUGUGGAAGCGAAUUUCACUCGGCAACGAUCGUGUGCUAUUCGACCUAACAUUCAUCUCCCACCCCGGUUACGUGACAUACUUUCGAUGGAAGCGGUCCGACAAUCGCUGCGAGCGCGAAAGAAACUCGCAUGUGUUUUAUACUUUGUGUACAGAUUUGAAGUUACGAAUCUGGACUUAUUACGAAAAUAACAGUCAGAAGACAAUACAACAAUGGGGGCAUUUGAACUUGGAUCCGACAAAAGAUCAGAGAUUCUGUCUUUUACUAGAUAGCUGGCUGGUUCAGAAACUCUUGCAAGGAAGCAAGAUUAAGAACUCAGAAUACUACUCCGAAAUGCAUCCCGAUUUUGCCGUAUUAGCGAAUUGUUCUGGGGAGCUUGAAUUUUACGCCCUAGAAAACCUCUCCCACGACCCGCCCAAAUUGAUGGACCACAAGCUUGUGGCUACUGCCACCAUUGAGCAAAAAUCUUUUGUUUUCAGCUCUGAGUUCCUGUGUUUCGCCGAGCCUCAAGUUGCAGACGAGGACUCAAGCCAAUUCUCUCUUGUAGUACAUGACAUGAGAGGCGUUUUACGACAUUCGAUAAUCAAUCUUGAAAGUGUACUGUCUGGUGAGCAACGAGAGAUAGGAACGCUUUUGCACAAAUUUACAGGCCACAAGAAGUCAAUUCAAAAGCUUGUCAGAAGUAGCGACGGCCAGGCCAUGAUCACUUUAUCAAGAUUCUCAGAAAACACUGUUUGGGUUCCCCAAACUUUACCGAGUGGAGUUUAUCUGCGCAAGAAAAACAUCAUUCUGUCAGAGACCCCUUUGAUUGAUGCUGUUGUUCUCGAACGCGGCAGUCUGAUCUUGACACUUUCGAAAGACUUCAAAUUAAAUGCAUGGACCUGUUCAAAUGACCAAGGAAGCAAGUUAUCAACUCUGGAGGCGGAUUUUGCCCUGGGCUCGUCAAGAGGGGCUCCGCUUUUAAUGAUCAACACACCAGAAAAAAAACACCAUCAUGAUCGACACUACGUGGCGCUAAUCUACUCUUCAGGCGAGGUUUUGAGCUUCUGUAUAUCGCUUCCAGAUGGAAUCAUUCCCAUAGCUACAAAUAAUCUUGAUAUUGGUGAACAAAAGAAGAUUUACCUGAUUUCUUCCAUUGACCCCGUCAAUUAUGGAUUUCAUUCUGACAGAUCUCUAGUUGCUUUGAUCGAUGAAGAUGGUCUCAUAAGAACUUUCAAGUGCGCUGUACAGGAGAAAAAAGUGACGUGGAGGCUAAGCUACAAGGUGGAAACGAAUCUUCAUAAUAGCACGCUUAUAAGUGGCUCAUCGAUCGAUAAGAUAUGUGUUGUAGCUAAGUCCGAGAAAAGACUAACAAUCUGGGACUUGCGGCGAGCAUUCCUGGAAUAUGAAACGGAGUUCAGCGAUCCUGUUUGCGAUAUUGACUGGACUAGUACGCGGUUCAGCCAGAGCAUUUUCUCUGUUGGCUUCGCGGACCAUGUUCUUCUCUUCACGCAGCAAAGGUAUGACUAUACAACAAAGAUUCCCAGCUAUUCCCCCGUCGAGGAAAUUGCCAUAAGGGAGUACACAACGCAUGAUAUUGGUGACUCAAUUUGGCUGACAGAUGGAACUUUCGUCAUAGCCUCUGGAAAUCAAUUAUUUCUCAAAGACAAAAGUCUUGAUAUCGGUGACAAAUUCACCAAUCAAUCGAUUGGGUCCCGGAAAAUACUUUUAAGGGAUAUUAUGCAUUUAAGCAGUGUUCUUAAUGGACCGCUACCGGUUUAUCACCCACAAUUACUGAUUCAGGCCCUCUAUUCUGACAAGCUUCUGCUCGUAAAGGAGGUGUUGCUCCGCCUAUUUUUGGCGCUACGACGACUGGAAUUUCAUUCUGCUGAUGCAACGAAGCUAGGGGCUACCCUUGGGCUCACUUUUAGAAAAUUCAUUCACCCUUCUAAUGAGACUUAUGUUACGGACAAUUAUCCUGAGCCCUACAACGAAUUCAAUGGCUUGGUGUCUUCUGACUUAAAGGAUAAGUUGACCAAACAUGUCUUGCCAUUCAUCACCCGUCAUCAACAAGUGACUCUCAUCGCGGUCAUCGAGGCGAUAGAUGAAAUAGAUAAGAACAAAGCGGCAUUGGAUCUACCAGGAACCUUGUUUAUAUUAGGAUUGAAGCUAUUUGAACUCCACAGGAAAACGCAGCUAUCAGUGCACGUCCGUGACAUUCAAUGGGCACUACACUCUUCGAGCAAAAAGGCUUUAUUUUCCAGCGUUCUUCCGAGCAUUGAUUCCUGGGAACGGGCGCGCCAGUACAAGAUAAGCUUAUGGGUUAAUCGAGAGGAUCUGAUAGCAUCAUUUGAGAAAAUUGCUAAACAUGAGUUUUCUAAUGGAAUAGAGCGAGAUCCUAGAAAAUCUGGCCUAUUUUAUCUGUCACUCAGGAAAAAGCAAAUCUUGAUUAGCUUGUGGAGAGUCAGUACCGGCAAUCCUGAACAACAGAAGAUGCUCAAAUUCUUAAACAACGAUUUUAGAGAAGAAAGAUGGAGAAAGGCAGCUCUUAAAAAUGCUUUCGUGUUACUAAGCAAACACAGGUACUUGGACUCGGCCUGUUUUUUCCUACUGUCCGAUUCGCUCAGAGAUGCGGCAAUUGUAGUUCUGAAACAGAUGGACGAUAUAGCUCUCGCCAUAGGAAUCUGCCGCCUGUAUGAAGGGGACCAUGGGCCGGUUUUGAAGAGACUUCUGGUGGACACUGUUCUUCCACGAGCUAUAAAGAGCAACGAUAGAUGGAUGACGAGUUUCAUCUAUCAAGCUUUAGAGAAACCCUCGUUGGUAUUAAAAGCCCUUGUUAUGUCUCCCAUUGAUCUCGAAGAUAAUAAGGAGAUUGUUAGUCAGGAGGAUUUGAGCACUCGAUCUUACUUGGUAGAGGACCCCGCACUGCUCAUGCUUUACGCGCAAAUCCGAAGAAGAAAUGAAUUUUAUUUUGCAGCUUCUAUGGAGGUUCAAGAGAACCUAGAGUACAAAACGGUCCAAAGGGUCUCUGCCAUUUAUUCAAGAAUGGGCUGUGAUUACUUAGCGCUUUCGCUGUUGAUGAACUGGUGUUUUCAUCACCAGGCCAGAGAAGAGCGCGAGAAAAGCAACUAUGUUCACACACCUGUUGAAAAGUUUAAGGUCUCUGAUACUCGCACUAAAAAACUUAGAAGCAUAUUUGACAAAUUUGAUGAGCUAUCCCAGACUCCUUCGGACUAUUCAUCGCGAAACUCGGCAUACAGUGCGUCUUCCACAAAACCAAAAAAUCUGCUCGAUAAUAUCGAUGGUAACGAUCAAAAUCAAUCACCAGGCAUCUCGCAACAGGGUACCGACGAAAGUGCCACUUCAAGUAUGAACUCCUCAGAACCAGCUUUGGUGGGCAACAAUUUGACGUCCGCAACUACUCCUCUGCUAGACAAAAACGAAACGAAUAAUUAUGACGGAAAGGUAAAAAGUACUCAUCUUCAACAACCACGUAAUCUGCUGGACGAUUUCUUUUAA